AGUACACUGUACUAGCCGAAGCUGAAUGUUUUUUAAACAGGCAACGCACACAAAGGGUUACCAGCCAGAGGGGAAAAAAAGAGUCAUAAAAAGGGGGCCUCUCACUGCAGCCACAGAGGAGGUACCAUAUAACCAUAAGGAGAGUAAAUUUAGAACGGGAGGCCUACUGCAUUAGAGGGAUUCCAGACAUUCCUGCCUUAGCAAUGCUGCAGAGCUGAAAGGGGCUGCCAUCUUAAAUAGCCAAAGCUGGUAAACAAGGUCAUGACAUCACAUAGAUUCUACAGCAACAGAAUCAACAAGAGCUUACAGGAACCUGCAUGUUUCAGAACGGUUUGGAACAAAAGGGUGUUCCAAAUCAGGCAGAUUACUACAGAUGUAUGAAUUACGAUACUACUGUUUAGAACUGAAAGACUACCAGAUUUCACGUUCUGGAGCCAAGUUUCAUGGAUUCAAAUUCCAACACUGUGGUUGUGACUGGCUUUGGUCCCUUUCGACAACACCUCAUUAACUCUAGCUGGGAAGCAGUGAAGGAGAUGUCCAAGUUAGGCCUUGGUGAAAACAUAGAUCUACACAUCAUGCAACUGCCAGUGUCUUACCAAAAAGCAAAGGAGCUCGUCUGUAAAAUAUGGGGGACUCCUCAACCACUACUCACUGUUCACAUUGGACUUGCUUCAUCCUCCAAAGCAAUCAUCCUUGAACAGUGUGGGAAGAACAAAGGCUACAGAGAGAUGGAUGUUUGUGGUUUUUGCCCAGAAGAUGGCUGUUGUCUGUUAGAUGGCCCAGAAAAGAUUGAGUCCACGAUUAAUAUGAAAACUCUCUGGAAAAACAUUUCGGUGGAAGGGAUUGAUAUCGUCUUUUCCAGAGAUGCAGGAAGGUACAUCUGUGAUUAUACCUAUUAUACCUCUCUGUAUUAUGGUAAUGGAAGAGCAGCUUUUAUACAUGUGCCACCAUUAUCCAAAUUGGUAACUGCAGACUUUCUAGGAAAAGCACUACAAAUAAUUAUCUUAGAGAUGUUAAAGCAGUGUGGGGAAAAGAAUGAAUAAAAAGGAUGGUUUACAGAAGACAUGCAAGUUUCUCAGAAUACAGUAAAAUUAUUUUAACCUUCCUCUGAGGCAACCCUUAAGAUUUAAAAACAAAAAACAAACAAAAAUUACAUCGCAUGGGAGGGCAGAAUUAAAAUAUGUUCCAAAAUCCUACAAUAACUUUAGCAAAUUUUUCAUUACAUAAAAAACAAGUAAAACAAAUUACAAACAAAGGAAGAAAUGUAAACAAUCUUUUAGGGGAACGCCAGUGACUGGUGACUUAUCUUGCUAAUGGUAACAAAUUUGCUUCUGAUUUAGGAUAAAAGGAAAAUUCUCAAGAAAAUGGUAUUUAAAAGGCUACCUUGCUCAAACCCCAAAGACUUGUGAAAUGUCAAGAUACAAAUUGCUUUAAAAAGCACUUUGAAAGUUUGUUCCUGCUGUCCGAUAUGCAGGUAGACUUCGUAUAGCUUACAUAAUAAAUUGCAGUGAUGUGCAUGAUUAUGACCAUACAAAAUUAUAACUUCAUAUACACACAAGGGAGAAUUUUAUCCCCCGAGCCCAGGAGACUAGAUCAGCCAUACGAAAGCUCUCAUUUGUGGAAAAUCACAUGCAAUGCUCCCAUCUUGUGGGCCUUUAAAAUAACCCCACACCCACAGCAGUUUCCCUGUAUGUGCCAAACUACUGUCCCCCCCCUCAAAAACCCACAAAGCUUUUCAGUGGUGACCCUUGCAUUUGCUUUCAGGAUGCAUUAGCAGGAACCACCUUUGAAAGGCUUAGUGUGUUUUUAGGGAGAGAGCUGUCAUUUGACACGAAGGAGAUGGUAUCACUUCCUGCUGGUAUUGUGCGCCUGCGCAUCCAAAGCAGACUGUAAACGUCUUUUGAUGAAUUAGGGAUUACAACCGAAAAUGGAUUUUUCCAAUUUGGCAACAACAACAAUUCAGUUAUUAAGCUGGAUUUUAAUCACAAGAAAAGAACACUUACCCCAUGCUCUAGGUGUCCAUGCUGUCAAGGAAAAAGGCAAUAUUUAUACACAGUACAGCACUGGGGAAGAGACUCCCAGGUCAGAUGGUCCCAGGCCAUUCAGAGCUUUAUAGAUCAAAACCCAACAGCUUACGUUCCCACAGGAAGGGCAACUCAUGGAGCACCAGGGCUCCAUGCUUUGUCGGGGCAGACUAUCCCAUUGAAAAAGUAGGCUGGCUGCAUUCUACUCUAGUUUCAGCUUCUGAAUGGAUUUAAAGGUGUCAUUUCUCAAAAUGAGUAUUGCUGGAAUCCAAUCUCACACCAAUAAAGGCACAGAUCACGGUAGGACCGUCUGCAUGUAAGAGAAAAGAAUGACCUUUUAGCCAUACUGAUGGAAAGCGGAGUCUUGGUCACUGCUGCCGUUAGAUCAUCAAAAGCGGCUGGGAAUCAAACCAGAAUCCUUGGUAACGAACAGUGACAUGUUUUCAGCCAAAUCCUUUCACUGCUCUCAUCCACAGACAAACACGUUAAAAUACACUUCCAUAUUCCAUUCUCUGGACUGGACGGGACACAGGCAUGAAGUAGGAUGUCACUGUUGCACUCAAAGCACCUCAGCCCAUAUUCUCCUUGGUAACCUCAGUAAUGGCUUCACAUUCACGCUGAAUAAUAAGAGGGGAGACCGAACAGCCAUUGGGACGGGAGAGGAAUCACGCAACUGGACCCUUUGGGAUUUCUUCAAAGGAAAGAUAUGGGAACAACCUAAAAGCAGGCCCAACCCUCACAUCUGGUACCAUAUCAACACCACCUCAGUGACAAAGACAGCAGAUAGAUAUAUCAGCACAGAGGCCUGAUCUUUAUCCAACUCCAAGCUAUGGUCGUCAUGCCGUAAGUGCAGUCUGUGUGUCGUAAACCCUGAAUGACAAGGGUCAAAUGCAUGAAGAUACCAACAGCUGUCUUGCCAUAACCUUUUCCAUAGUCUUAGUAGAAAAUGCACUCGGGUACUGGUUGAUUAAAAUUAGACUGCCUGGGUCUAGAGAUGGCUGUGAGCAGUGGCUGGACAUACGCUUCCUUCAAAGAAAUCAGCACCUUGCCUUCUUCAAAGAAGCCUACAACCUCCACAAGUAACGGACUCAAAGUCUCCUGGGGCUUCAACAAUCAAGCUCAGUGACACUGUCUGGAACUCAAACAGGGAAGGCCUAGCAUUUAUACACUAAACGGAUGUGAUAUCUUAAAACUGACCUGUCCUGCAAUACAGGAAUAUUUUAGUUAGCCUGCCCCCUACACAGUUUUUACGUUUAAAAAAAAAAAGCUAUCCACUACAGGAGAGGUAGAAUUUUUAGUUUUCUGGGACUAUACUUUCUUUGCUUAAGUUCGGGCUAGCAAAUAACAAAAAUCAGAAGACAGACAACUGCAUACAGAAUUAUUUUAUUUAACUUAAAUCAUGUAGUACUGUAACUACUAGAAAAAAGCAGAGUAAGAGAAACUAAAGGAGCCAUUCAAAAUAGACAAAGUUUCUUUUUUUCAUAAUGUAAAGAAUCCAGAGUAUAUCGCAAUAACAGGAAUAAAUUCUUACAACAGAAUAUACAAAAACAUUUUGAAAUUUUUUUUUUAUCUACUGAUUCAUUUUAAUAUAAACACAGGAAUUUCUUUAGGAAUAAUUUAUACACAGCAAGUCUUUUUUAAUGUAAUAAAUUGGCCAUGUUAUUACUGUUUUAAUUUUUUUUUAAAAAAAGCUUUUUUAAACAAGAAAACUUGGUAAAUGUUGUAUUUGCAAAUGCAUCAGUUCCAUAGCGCUUUCUAGUUUUGCUUUUGUCCCAGAGGUAGACAAACUCUGGCCAAUCCUUUCAACUCAAACCUCACUGGUUUAGAAAACAGAAAGAUAAUUCUCAAAGGCAUCUAAACCAUCCAUAAUCUUCAAAAGGUAGGGGAGGAGAAAUGUUCAGUCUAAUUUGGAAAAAAAAAUAGGAUCUUCGGUAUUCUUAUUUAAAUAAAAAUAAAUAGGGACCCUUCCUUGUUCAUCUCAACAAAGCUCUAAUGAUGCUAGAUAUCCACAUAAAUUGUAUAGGCUGCAUACAAAACCAUCGUAUUUGAAGUGAUAAGAAAUCUGUAAACAUAGUUUUCUUUAAUUCAAUGAUAACUAUGAAAACUGCCUUUCAUCAUGCUGUCUAUUACACAGUCACAUCCUUCAACCCUCCUGGCAACAACAAGAAAAAACGGUACUGAAUAACACAACUAAGACUGCUUAGCAGCAAUACCUAUUCUGUUUCCAUAACCAAUGAGGUUCUUUCAAUCCAUUAACUGCACUAUACAGUAAAGUGAAAUGACCAGUUAAGAUGAUCCCACCCCAACCAGAGGGUUCUGGAAGACCAGGAUACUGAAGAUACAGAACAUUUUCCCAACCUCUUUAUUUACUCAUUUACUGUACACCGGGACACAAAGCUUGGGGGAAAAGGGAUGAACCAUGAGCUGGACAAGUUAAUGAUCCUUUUUGGCAUAUUGUAAAGCUAGCUAGUAAACUGGUGCCAUCAAAAAAAAAAAUGAGCAUAUACAAACACACACACGAAAGUGCCUUUAAAUUAUUUUAUAGGCAUUUAUAAACUACAAACAUUUUAUAAAAUUAUUCUAUGUAUUAUUAUUCCAUGUACUACAAAAUGCAAUGAAACAUUUAAUUAGUUCUUGUAAACCAGAUCUCUGUCAACUGACUACCCGUAAUCUACUGGACUUAAAAGCCCUAUUGAAAAUGCUAAUGGAUUAACUAAUCAACAUAAUGCAUACAAAAAAGGUGACCACGUGCACAUGCACACAUACUAUUGAUAGUCAUAUGGUACUUGCAAACAGACUGACUGAGAGCUGAUGCACAGCAAUUCAUAUUGACCAAUGACCUCUGUAAACCUCCUGGUAAUGAAUUUUCCUCCACAGCUGGGAAAUUAAGAGGUUUAUUUACAAGUACCAAAUGAUUAGAAUGAUGAUGCCUGAGCCUCGAUGCCGUUCCACAUACCAAGCUCUGGAACUAUCGCUAACUUCUGCCAAGCCCCGUGUCUUUGUGAAUAUGCUUUUCCAUCCUUUGUUCUCAUCUCUCCGCCCUACCAUUCUCAAUUCCAACUCACCGGGCUGAGUUUCUUAAAAGUAAUCUAAACACCUUUACUCAGAACAACCGGUCUUCUGGAUCGAGGCACUCGCUGAGCCCCUGACUACCCACAGUUCUGUAUCUUCAGCACCUCUGGCAAUUAAUGUUUAAUCUGCAUCAUCCUUUAUUUGUAAGUAUUGUUUGCAUCAACUACGUAGAGUGGAGCUGCAAUAUCCGGCUUUCACUGGUUAAUAAGGAGUGGAUCUCUUGCACUUUCCCCCAUUGUUGCUUAGCCCAGUGAUUAAAUACAUUGUUGAUAAACAAAAUAAAAAGAGUAACAGAAGAAAGUGUUACUUGUACUACUGGAAUGAAAAGGGUUUUAAAAAUAUACAUAGAUGUAUACCAACAACAGGAGCAUCAUUCAUUUAGGCUUGGAUUGUACUUAACAACCCUCAGCAGUUCCCAGAGGAUCUAAUAGCAGUUCCAUCUGGUGACCAGUCAUCCUGGGCAAACUGGGCUUUUUAUUGACACCAACAGGAGCAUCAGUGCAAACAAAUCUAGAGUCAGACAUCACUUAGAACCAGCUUUAAAGAACCGAGGCAUCACACCGAGAAAGAGGCUUGGUGGAACAUAUGCUGGCCUCAAGUUUUGCAUCAUACUUGGCUUCUGUGUCUAGUCUAUUACCCCAACAAAAAGAAUAUCAGAUUUAGUACCAAGCAUGUGAUGCUUCUGUAUUUAUACAAUAGUCACCUUCCUUUGCAACCAAACCACCUUCUGUACCACUGAAAGAUUGAACAAUGAGAAAAUCAGAGGAAAAGAAUGGCCCAAAUACUUAAAUCAAAGUUUCUUGCUCCCUUAGUGAUGCCAAUUUGUUAUUGGUAUCUUGGUACCAUUUGUCAGAAUGCUUGUUUUGUGGGUUGGGUGGGUUUUUGGUUUUUUUUUCAAUCAUGCUCAGAAAUAGGAUUACUACAGUUUUAUUCAAACACAGCUGAAGUUCUAAAUUCUCCAUACCAGCAAGCCAGUGGUCUCUCAGGAAAAGGAAGCAUUACACGCCAUUUUAUGCCAAUAUCAAGCCAUUAAUUCACCGUUGUUCAAAUGCACAAACAAUGUUAUUUACUGUCAAAGGGAGGUCUGCAUGAAAAACCCAUGUGGAUAAAGCUAUUCAGAAUGCACAACACAACAACAACAAAAUGCUGUAGAAACCAAUACGGAAUUAGGCUAGAAUUGUGAGCAGAAAAUACAAUGGUAUUGUUAAGGUGGUUUGGUCCCAAGAGAGCUGACUUUGUCAUCACACAUGCAUACUUUGUUUAGUCACAUGACUGCCUUUCAUUUAAGUGCUUUUGAAAUGUUUAUCAUGAUGGGGUACUAUAUUGUUAGUGUUUUUACCUAAUAUUUUUUGUAACCACCUACAUAAUUAAAAAAAAAACAUUAACUUGGACAGUUUUAACAAAACCCUCAUAGCCAGCUGAAAGAUCUGAGGAUCUCCAGUUGUGGAAAUCAAUAUGUGCAAGAGAGAGGAGCAGUCACUACACCAAAAGGUCACUGUCAAAUUAGGGAAAUUAAAAAACAAAAAGGAAACCCAGUCAAUCUGAAAUGUUGUUGGUUUUUUCUGGUGUUAGGGAGAAACACUCCCUCCAAAGACAAACUCUGUCGUACUUAACCGCAGCACUGUAUAUUCAAGAGGCCAUGUACAUCUCAAAGUAGCCAAGCGCCAUAUUAUUCAGAUACCACAACUAACACCUGCAUGAACAGCUGCCAGAAUCAGAAAAAGAGAAACAUUAUACAUCGUGUUAAUGGCAGGCUUGUGUUAUGUUAGUACUGUACGCUUGUAAACCAGUUAAGCACUGUCAGAGGGAAGUCAGAAUUUGACGGCUGAUCCGUCAGAAAAUCCAGAGUGAUGAAGUAUGCGUACAGAGGGGGUUGGGAGGGACUGGAUUUCUACUGGCACAUUCAAAUUUCCCAUUAAAUGUUUAGUUUUGAGAAAUCAGGGCUCUUGCCAAACAGAAGCAGCAAAAGUAAAGAUCCCAAGUUGUAAACUCAGUGUAGUGUUAUCAGGUAGCCUGUGACAUUUUUUGCCCUGUUUGAUUUGGUCAAGAAAGCAAUACUACCACUGUAUGCUCCAAUUUAUUUUUAGGUAUUGAUUCAGUCAGAUGUCCUUUGGGUGCUUGUGGCAUCUGAGAAAAAUUGGCAAGAAUGACUUAGCCCACUCUUAAGGAUUAACAGAAAGGCCGUUUAUUUCAUUCUAGCAACCCUAGACCUUCAAACAAUUAGCUUCCAUAAUGAAUUUGACCAAAUAUCAUCAUCCAAUCCCCUUCCAGCAGUCCACUCUGUCCCAAAUCAGCAGAACAUAAUGUUUUCUAGACCAUGACUGCAAUGACAGUGCAUUUCACAGCUUCCGAGACUCCUUAAAGAAUGGUGGUCUUAAGUCAAACGAUUCUCAGGUGUGUCUCUUCCCCUCCUCCCAACAUACAUCUUAAAAAUGCUACCAAGAAAAGGGCAAACUGCUAUAAAAUAACAUGAGAACAACCCUCUGAAGUGACCCUUUGGGAAACGUAGCGACCGCUUCUCUCCAAAACCUGGAGUAUGUGGUUUGUAGAGUGAGUGAGAAGUUACCAGUAUCAACGGCAUUUCUAUCGGCUGCUGAGAAAUGUGAGAUGUAUUUUUUUUAUAUAUACACAUAUAAAAAAAUAAGAGUGAGGUAGAUAAAUGUUUGAAAAAAAUCAAAAACUGUCCCCCUGUCAUACUUGAAAACCCUUAUCUCAGUAUUUAAAUUUAUUAUGGGGCAUCUCUACAGUGAUUUAAACUGAUAUCACAAAAAUAAA